AUGGCUACUGGGAACAUGAUUCCGAGAGGUGCUGUGUCGAAGUUGAAUCGUCGUACUGCCCCAUUGAACAACGCUGGGAUGGAAGUGGCAGACUCUAGCACAGUUAAGACAGACGACCUUGUAGUGGUAGCCGAGACCACCCGCGUCAUUGCAGCAGUGGUGGUGGAUGGUCCAAAGGCCCCAAUCUAUACUCUGUUCCUAGGCAAACAUUGGAUGAAAAAUGUGGGUCUGGUUGGCUACUGCGAGCGGGACGAGCAUACAAUUCGGACAGAUGAUCUUCGUGGGAUUCCAGUUCCAAAGACCCGAACCAUCCUCACUCCGAACAUAGUGAGGUCAAAUCUAUUAGGACAGGCACGGAAUACAAGGAUGGGCUUCUUCCCUGUCGCUGCAUUGCCUAGCAUAGUGAACUAUUUUGCAGACUUCCAAAAUCUGAAGACGAAACGAUAA